UUACUGUAUGAUUACAUACAUAAUUGUUUUUAUGAAGCACUUAGUGUGUGUUCUGUGCAGCAUAAACAUUAAACAAGAUUAUUCUUCCCCUGGUGAAUUUACAAUCUAAAAGAUCUUCAUAGGAAGGAGUAGUAAUAACAUGUCAUUAAAAUGCCAUCUUUAAAUUAAUCUCUUUUUGUUUCCCUGUGGUUAACACUCACUUGCUGUUGAUCAUGACUGGUGUAUCCUGGCAUGUCCUGUAGUGCUGUUUGAUGAUGUUACAGACCCCAGUUGUCCGCUCUACCCCUCUCUGAGAAGUCCUUGUCCAGCACAUGUGGAAGGAGAGCAUAUGUCCCUGCUUCAGCUGCUGCCAUACAAGGCCCAGCAGCGUAGCUGAGACCCACCUUUGAUGGUACUCCACACUAAGACUUUGGUUGUUGUAUCAAAGCACAAUUUCCUUCUGCCACUGCGGCUUCCUGUGAGGACAGCUGGAAACGCUCAUGUCUUUGACAGCUGCAGCAAGAUUCUAUGAAGCUCGUGUGUUAAAGCCCUGAGAGAAGAGACUCUGCAAAUGGAAAGAGUGGCAUCCAGUUUUCACUGAUCUCUGUUGGAUUUAGGUUAGGAUUUGACUAUGGCAGUGCGGUUCCUGUGGAAGGCAUCUGUGUGGUUAAAGAAGCACAAGCUCACUGUGUUGGCUGUUUCUUGCGUGGGGCUGCUUGGCACUAACCUGUGCUAUCACGUGUUUCCUGAGCAGACGUUCAAGCUGUUGCACGAGUGCUGGUCAGAGGGGCAGCCAGCUGAGCUUUCAGAAAAGCUCUGUGGUGUGUUUCAGGAUGUCCUUCAAGAUACUGGUGUGAAGUCUGCUGACUCCUACAGAGCCUUUGCAGCUUCUGGCUUCCACCCUGUGAGCGCUGGAAUUCCCUGGCUGCCCGCAGGCUCUUUGGUGGGCAUCCCGCUCAACUUUGAUAGCACAGCUGAGGAUAAAAAAGGAAUAGUCAACCAUGUUGUUGUAAUAAAUGGCAAGAAAGUAGACUGGGAGAGCAGUGAAGGUGUGGCUUUAAAGGAAGCUCUCACAUUUUCCCUUAAAGCUCAGAAGUUUGCCAUUGCCAGAGAAGUUGUGUACUUGCAGAAUGGCAGCCCUUUAGCGAGUGCAGUUGUGGCUCCGACUUGCUUGGCUGGGACUUUUGUCUGUGGGACAGCUCUAAAGCUGCUCCUGGGGUUAUCCACGGGCCCCGUGAUCCUCCGCAGCCUCUGCAACCUUGUCACUGCCAUGGGAGGGCUGCUCUGCUACAGUGUCUCUUCCGACGCCGUCACCUAUCACCUGGACUGCAGGGCCGACAGGAAGGCAGCCAGGCUUUCCCCGGACUAUGCCAGAGGUGGCCUUGAAUUUUAUGAUAAAAUCUUGUCCCGCAACAGGAUUUUUCGUGGUCUGAUGGGCAAACAAGGGAUGAAAAUGUAUGCCCCAAGUGGUAACCUUUUCCCAAGGCACUGGUUCAGAAUAAAGUAUACCCCAUACACUUACCGGAGAACUUUGAUUGUUAAUAUUUUAAGAGAUCUCCAGGCGUCAGAUAGGAGUGCUUGAAUUUUAAACUUGUGAAUUAUGUAUUUUGGAACACUGCUGUGCUGCUUUUCUUUUCUCCCUUCUGUAUCUUCAUUAGAAUUUUGGGGUUUAUUUUUGCAUAUAGUUUGGGA